AACUGAUACCCUUGCAUCUGCUACUAACAAAUAAAUAACCGACCCGACUCCUCUUCUUCAAUAGGGAGUCUCAUUAAUCUCGUUCCCUCUUCCACCUCUGCGUUUAAAUCAAAGCUGAUCGAUCAGAAUUUAGAAGCAGUUAUUAAAGGUACAUAAAAAACAUAAUUAAAUUUUAGAGUGAAAAGAAAAAAGAGAGAGAAAUGGACGAAGAACUGCUGGAAUUGCAGAGGCAAUUUGAAUUCGCGCAGCAAGCAAAAUCCAGCAUUCGUCUGUCGGAGCGGAACGUCGUCGAAUUGGUACAGAAGCUGCAACAGCUCGGAAUAAUCGACUUCGAUCUCCUCCACACCACUUCUGGCAAAGAAUACAUCACUCCUGAACAAUUGAGAAAAGAAAUGGCUGCUGAGAUUAGGAAGUUAGGGCGUGUUUCCUUGAUUGAUUUAGCUGAUAUCACUGGCGUAGAUUUGUAUCACGUGGAGACACAAGCAGGGCAUAUAGUGUCCAAUGACUCAACGCUUAUGCUAAUAAAUGGAGAGAUCAUAUCAAAUUCGUACUGGGAUAUUGUUGCUGAGGAAAUCAAUGAAAGGCUUCAAGAAUGCAGUCAAAUUGUUUUAGCUGAGAUUGCUGCACAGUUGCAAGUUGGAUCUGAGCUAGUUGUGUCUGUUUUAGAACCUCGACUUGGGACUUUGGUCAAAGGUAGGCUUGAAGGUGGCCAGUUGUACACUCCAGCAUAUGUUGCACGUGUGAGUGCAAUGGUUCGCGGUGCUGCAAGGGGUAUUUUUGUUCCAACAAAUUUAUCAGCAUUAUGGAACUCAUUGCAAGAUUUGCUGCAAGAAACAGAUGGAGCUAGUGGUGUGGCUGUUGAAGGCUCCUUUUUCCAGUCACUUUUUAAUGGGUUGGUAAAGGAGGGUGAGAUUCUUGGUUCACUUCGUGCUGGAGUUCACUGGACACCUUCUGUCUUUGCUAUGGCUCAAAAGGAGUGUGUAGAUUCUUUCCUUUCACAGAAUUCUUACAUCAGUUAUGAAGCUCUACAGAAACUUGGAAUUCCACAACCUGUUCAAUAUCUUCAGGCCAGAUACCCUGAAGGUAUACCUCUAGUUACUUUAUUUGUGCAUCCAUCAAUAAUUGAGAUGUUGGAUGCUUCUGCUGAGGAUGCCAUAGAACGUGGUAGCUGGAUGGAUUCACUUUCUGUUUUACCAGCAUCCUUUGGUUCGCAAGACGCAUCCAAGAUUCUGUCACUUUGUCCGUCUGUUCAAAAGUCUCUUAAGUCUAGUAAGGCGAUUAUUCUGGGAGAAUCAUACAUAUUUAGCAAUGGAUUUGUCAAGGAUCUGUUUGAUCACUUGGAAAAAGGGAUAGAAACACUAAACCUUCCUGCUUUUGCUAGCACUGGACAAUCUGAUAAUUUGCAUGUCAUUAAAGAUGCUUCCGUUAGACAUGAUACACUACCUGAGUCAAAUGAAACUGGUACUGGAAAACAAGCUGUGGAGAAAGGAUCUAAGAAGAAGAAAGGAAAAUUCACCGGGAACACCAAAGUGGAGGCAGCUGAAAGUGAUCCAGAUUACCAUGAAUUAGCACCUACCAAGUCUAAGAAAAACCAGAAGAAAGGCAAGGCACCAACUUCUUUGCAAUUGUCUGAUUCAAAAUUAGGGCUGAGAAAAGAUGAUAGGAUGGAGGAAAGCCACAAUGCUAUUUCAGAAGAAUGGCUUAUUCCGAAGAUCAUGGCACUGAUUCCUGAUCUUGAAGAACAAGGCAUAGGUGAUCCUGAGACCAUUCUUGCACCUUUAGCGAGCUAUCUGAGACCUAUGCUUCUCAAUUCAUUGAAGGAGAGAAGAAAGGCAGCAUUUACACAAAAUGCACAGCGCAUGAAGCGUGUACUUGAUAAUUUGCAACACAAGAUUGAUGAGUCAUUCUUGAACAUACAACUGUAUGAGAAGGCACUGGAUUUGUUUGAAGAUGACCCAUCAACAUCAGUUCUUUUACAUAAACAUUUGCUACGAACCACAGCUACCUCCAUGGUGGAUACUCUACUACUUGACCUGGACAUACACAAUAAAUUGAGAAAUGGAAUGGAAGUUGAAGAACCCCAAAAGCCCAAAAAAUCUGAACCUGCAUCACUUAGUCCUGGAGAUAGGGCUGCACUUGCUAAAAGUUUAGCACGACCCCUUUCAGUCAAGGCACUUGCACUGGUUGAAGCCUUGGAGGCUAAGAGGGUUGAAACUUUUAUGACUGCUCUACGUGCAAUUGCAGAAGAAAGUGGGUUAAUUUUGAAGAAGCUUGAUAAGAAACUGGAAAGAAGUCUUCUGCAUUCGUAUCGUAAGGAUUUGACGUCUCAAAUUUCUGAUGAAACUGACCCUAUUUCCCUUCUACCAAAAGUUGUUUCUCUCCUUUAUGUACAGAUUCAUGGAAGAGCUCUCCAAGCUCCAGGAAGGGCAAUUUCAAUUGCAGUAUCUCGACUGAAGGAUAAAUUGGAUGAUCCAGCAUUUAAGGUCUUAGCUGAUUACCAAGCUGCAACUGUUGCUCUUUUAGCACUCAUGUCUGGGACAACUAGCUCUGAGGAAGAUUGUACAUCUGAUAGAAUUUUGAGCAAGAGGGAGCUGCUGGAGAAUUUGGUGCCUGCAUUGAAAGGUUUAGUGCUGGGUACAUCACAACCUUGAUUGGUGUAAAUCAACAUGCUAAAGUUUUCUUCGACAUGAAUGCUAGCAAUCCAUUUUCUUUCGUGGUACCUUCUCUCUUUCAUUUCUGUUUGUGAAUACCAAGGCAUGCUGUUCUAUUCUCGCUUGAAAGAUUAGUGUCGCAGUUGGUCUUGAGCAACUUUAGCAAUGUGGAAUUGCCGUCUGUCCAAAUUGCACCCUUCAUAUUUAAACCAUUGAUUUUGUUUCCCUCCUUUUUA